CAAUCACGAUUGAGUUCAGAUUUCACUUCGAUUGCUUUAAGAGAGUGGAUUUAAGAUUGAGUUCUCAGCGUUGACUACACUUGUUUUUUUUUAAACAAAUGAUUUCACGUCAAUUCAAUGAUAAUAAAUAGGUUAUUGUAAAAGUGAAAAAUUUGAAUAAAAAAGUGAUAAUGUCGGGGAAUAAAGAAAAUUCUGGAGCGCCCGCUGGUAAACCGAGACCUCUUCCUCCAGCCAUCAAUUUUUUGAACGCUGGAUUAUCCGGAAUGGCAGCUACGUGUGUUGUACAUCCCAUGGAUGUUAUAAAAAACAGAAUGCAAAUGAGUGCGGAAAAAGUUACAAUAGGAAAGACAAUAUCAGCGAUAUCAAGUUCUGGUUUCACGAAAUUCUACGCUGGACUGUCUGCGGGGCUCUUGAGACAGGCAACAUAUACCACUGCACGACUUGGAAUUUAUAAUCAGCUAAAUGACACGUGGAAGGCAAAAAAUGAAGGAACUCCGGGUUUCGGGACAUUGGUGAUGAUGGGAAUGGCUGCUGGUUGUGUUGGUGCAUUCGUAGGAACUCCAGCAGAAGUCGCGUUAGUCAGAAUGACUUCUGACGGUCGAUUGCCUCCAGAUCAGAGGAGAAAUUACAAGAAUGUUGUUGACGCAUUUCUUCGAAUCAUCAGGGAAGAGGGUGUGACGACUCUUUGGAGAGGUAGUUUGGCUACUAUGGGACGUUCUGCUGUCGUCAAUGCAUCACAAUUGGCUACUUACAGUCAAGCCAAGAUUUUAAUGAGUACGAAAGCUGGCAUUCCUGAUGGCAUUCCCCUGCACUUUUCCGCAUCAAUGGUGUCAGGUUUCAUUACAGCGUUCAACUCGAUGCCUUUUGAUAUCGCAAAAACGAGAAUUCAAAAUGCCAGCACGAGCGGAAAAUCUCAAGGAGUCAUCGGAGUCAUCACAAGUAUUGCGAAAAAUGAAGGAAUUGGGGCCCUGUGGAAAGGAUUCUGGCCCACAUAUUGCAGAAUUGGUCCUCACACGGUCAUAACAUUCAUCUUUAAUGAACAGUUUGCACAAUUUUAUCGGGAAUUUAUCAUGAAAUGAAUUCACGUUUAUCAUUGACAUUAUUAUAUAAUGCUAAAUAUUUCGUUAACGUAAUUGAUUAAAUGCCUUAAUUAAGACGUAAAUAGAGAUAUCCCACCAACUAUUGGUGAACGUAAAAAUUCAGUCAGAAAAUUUUGUAGAUAAAUUUAUCUCACAGCAAUUAAAACGUUAAAAAAACUGAGUUUUCGAAGGCGCGUCAGAGAUACGUGAAAAAGAGUUUUAAACAGCUGAUGUCAUCGUCCAUGAGAUUAAAAAUAAUUCAGCCUAUAUUUCUCCCACGAACUUCAUUAUAGUUGUUCAUUCAUAUCGAAACAUGACGGAAAAAAAAUAUUUAAAAUAAGAAAUACUGUAAAUUGAAAAUUUUGC